UUUACGGAAGUAAUUAAAAAUGAUUCCUUAAAUUGUUCUUUUUUUCUUUUUGCAAGGCAAUAAAUCUGACAAUAUAAACCCAUUUUGAUUCCAUUUUUGUCUGCCAACUCAUUAAUCUUUCUAUCUAUAGGAUUUUGCUUAUGAUGCUUUUAAACAGUUUAGCCUUGGAGGAUAACUUGGUCAACCUCUUUUUAUCUGGGUCCUACAUGAUUAAAUGGAAAUAGAAAUUGAGUGCCCUUCUACCCCAAUAGAUCCCUUCCCAAAUUAUUCAUUCCUACGUCCUUUUCAAGGAACUCGACAGCGACACUUUGAAUAAUGGGAGAAUCAACAACCCCUAUUAGACCUUAUUGAUUGUAGGGUUGGUUGACAUGCUACCUUUUUAUACUUCUCAUCAUCUUGCUUUUACAAUCUAAUCGUUGUGUUUAUAAUUUGAGCUGAGUGAGAUUGAUUCAGGUUGAAGCUGAAAGUGAUGGAGAGAAGCAAAAUCAAUUCAUGGCACAUCAUAUUACUGCCAAAUCAACCCCCAAGUGAAUAUAACUUAUUUAAACUAAUAUCAAAUUGACAAACUAAACUUCAGUUUUCAAUUUUAUGAAAUUAAAUUCGCUUCUUGUUCUCGAAGUUAUCAAAAUAUGAAUCAAUUAGUUUGAUAUACUUCUACGGCUCCUUGAUUUUUAGCUUCUUCUAAUGUAUCUUUGUUCUUCACAUUCAAACAAACUGUGUAAUCAUUAAAUUUCACAUUUAGUGAUUAAUGGUCUCUCCUAUAUAUAUGUGUUGAAUCACACACACAUAUAUAUAGGGGUUACAAGUGGGGUAGGGUUACAGACAUUUUAACUUUCAGAAACAUAUAAUUUAACCAAUCUAGUUUAGUUGUGCUUGAAUUGACAAAUAAAAAUAGUUUUCAAUAAUUUUGGAGUUCAAAAAAUGCUUAAUUGACACUUUUUUCUUUUCUCCCCAUGAGAUGUCUCCGUUGGUAAAAACAUAAUCAUUUAAAAUUAAUAGUACUAAUUAAUUUUGACAAAAUACUGGCUGUCGGUGUCCAGUAAUCUAUACGUGACAUCCUUGUUUAAAUAAAUCAAACAUUCCAAAGCAGAAGCUUCUCAACCAUAGACUCAUGGUUACUCUAAAAGCCUAAAAUUUCCAAUUGUAUCUUAAGAAUCUCAGGCUGCUGCACUUGGAACUUCGAGAAGGAAAGAAUCAAAACCUCCCUCUCCAAUACCUAUACGAAUGAAACUGGAAAGUUGCUUUGCUUGAAGUUCUUUACCUCCACCUCUUAAAAAGCCUUUAUGUAAAGGAAAUCUGAAAUAACUUCCUACAAUUACAAUUCCUUUCUUCCUUUCAAUAUUUCAAACCCUUGAAAUGUUCUUCUCUUCAUCAUUAUCCUUGUUUCUGUUUCAGCUUUUUGUCUCUCUCACUCUUCAUCAAACACAAACAUUUUUCAAUGUCUGAUGAUUAAGUUAUAUAUAUCUCAGAUUACUAAACAAAACCAAGGCAAUCAUCAAGUUCAAAAACUGUUGCAGAAGACAAUAAGAAAGGUGUAAUUGUAGGAAAAAAUGGCCAUGGCAUCAGCCAGCUUAAUGAGAUUAGACACACCAAUUUCUGACAGUCUAAACGAUGCAUUGAGAAGAUCCCGUAACCAAAUGAAGAAAUGCUUUGCCAGGUUUGUUGAGAAUGGGAAGAGGUUGAUGAAAUGCCAAGACUUGAUGAAGGACGUGGAGAUAACAAUUGAAGACAAGCGAGAAAGGAGCCAUGUUUUGGAAGGCUUUCUUGGCUACAUUCUAAGCAACACUCAGGAGGCUGCUGUUGUCCCUCCGAACAUCGCUCUAGCCGUGAGACCAAGUCCCGGUUUCUGGGAGUUUGUUACGGUGAAUGCUACAAGUUUGGAAGUAGGAGAUCUUACUGCUUCAGAGUACUUGAAAUUUAAGGAAGCUAUCUUUGAUGAGAAUUGGGCAAAUGAUGAAAAUGCUCUUGAGAUAGAUUUUGGAGCCAUUGAAUUCACUGCCCCUCGCUUAAGCCUUCCAUCGUCGAUUGGAAACGGAGUCAACUUGAUCUCAAAAUUCAUUAGUUCAAGGUUUGGUGAGGAUAAACAGAAUGUUAAUGCACUUGUUAAUUAUCUGCUGGGUCUUCAGCAUCGAGGACAGAGUCUUAUGAUCAAUAAGAAACUUAACACCGUUUCCAAGCUUCAAUCAGCAUUGUUUGCAGCUCAAGUAUAUGUAUCUUCACUGCCAAAAGACACACCAUAUGAAGAAUUUAAGCACAAGAUGAAAGGAUGGGGAUUUGAGAAAGGAUGGGGAAGCAAUUCUGAGAGGGUUAGGGAAACAAUGUUACUCCUUUCUGAGGUCCUGCAAGCACCAGAUCCAGCAAAAUUGGAGUUACUGUUUAGCAAGCUUCCAACCACAUUGAAUAUUGUAAUCUUUUCGCCUCAUGGCUAUUUCGGCCAGGCAGGAGUCCUCGGCUUGCCCGACACCGGUGGUCAGAUUGUGUACAUUCUGGAUCAAGUGAGAGCUUUAGAAGAGGAGUUGCUGCACAGAAUUGAGCAGCAAGGCUUGCAAGCAAAGCCUCAGAUUCUUGUGGUGACAAGAUUAAUACCUGAUGCACGAGGGACGAAGUGCAAUGUUGAGUUAGAGCCUAUUGAGAACACAAAGCAUUCUCACAUUCUCAGGGUCCCAUUCUACACACAAAAUGGAGUCCUUCGCCAAUGGGUUUCGCGUUUUGAUGUCUAUCCAUACUUAGAGAGAUUUGCCAAGGAUGCCACGGCUAAGAUCCUUAAAGUCAUGGAUUGCAAACCGGACCUCAUCAUUGGGAACUACACUGAUGGAAACUUGGUUGCUUCUUUGAUGGCUAAGAAACUUGGAAUUACACAGGGAACUAUAGCACACGCUUUAGAGAAAACAAAAUAUGAGGAUUCGGAUGCUAAGUGGAAGGAACUUGAUCCAAAGUAUCACUUUUCAUGUCAAUUCACAGCUGACAUGAUCUCAAUGAAUGCAACUGAUUUCAUUAUAACAAGUACAUAUCAAGAAGUUUCAGGAAGCAAAAACAGGCCAGGACAAUAUGAAAGCCAUGAGGCCUUUACUAUGCCUGGACUUUAUAGGGUAGUCUCAGGUAUUAAUGUGUUUGACCCCAAAUUCAACAUUGCUGCUCCCGGGGCUGAUCAAUCUGUCUAUUUUCCUUUCACUGAGAAAUCGAAGCGACUGACUAAUUUUCAUCCUGAAAUCGAGGAACUACUUUAUAGCAGAGAAAACAAUGAUGAGCACAUAGGUUACCUUGCAGAUAAGAAGAAGCCAAUUAUUUUCUCAAUGGCAAGGCUUGAUACGGUGAAAAACAUUACUGGGUUGACUGAAUGGUAUGGUAAAAACAGGAAGCUGAGAAGUUUAGUAAACCUUGUGUUGGUAGCUGGAUUCUUUGAUCCAUCAAAAUCAAAGGACAGAGAAGAAAUUGAUGAGAUAAAAAAGAUGCAUUCCCUGAUAGAAAAAUAUAAACUCAAGGGGCAAAUCAGAUGGAUAGCAGCUCAAACCGAUCGGUACCGCAAUGGAGAGCUAUACCGUUGCAUUGCUGAUACAAAAGGAGCUUUUGUGCAGCCUGCACUUUAUGAGGGUUUUGGCCUAACAGUCAUUGAGGCGAUGAACGUUGGAUUGCCUACUUUUGCAACAAACCAAGGAGGCCCAGCCGAGAUAAUUGUCGAUGGAGUAUCAGGCUUCCACAUCGAUCCUUAUAAUGGAGAUGAAGCAAGCAAAAAGAUUGUUGCUUUCUUUGAGAAAUGCAAGUCAGAUGGUGGAUAUUGGAACAAGAUGUCAGAAGCCGGUCUUCAGCGAAUACAUGAAUGCUACACUUGGAACAUUUAUGCAAAGAAAGCUCUGAACAUGGGAUCAAUUUAUGGAUUUUGGAGACAGUUAACCAAGGAUCAAAAACAAGCCAAGAUGAGAUACAUUGAAAUGAUUUACUCUCUCUUGUUCAGGAAUUUGGUGAAGAACGUUUCAAUCCCCACUGAAGAAUCCUUGCCAGCUCCAACCGCCACAACUUCACCACAGCAGCCGACACCAGAGCUCCGAUCCCGGAGGUCGGGUGGCACUCAGCUUGAGCCAAGACCAAGGAGUGAAGAAAGGGGUUCGGUGGAGGUUGGGCAGAGUGGGAAUGGGCUAUCACACACCUUGAAAAAGGUGUGCUUUUUGGCUGGCUCUCUCUUGGUUGCUUACUACAUUCUAAAGAGAAUUUCUGGAGUAAAUCAAGCAUAUGAUGAUUUACCAUUAUAACCUUCUAAUAUCUCGACUUUAUUUAUGUAAAUUAAUUAUAAUAAUCACUCGUCAACUCAAAGAACUUGCUGAGGUUGCCAACCCAUGUGGACCAUUCUGUAUCAAUUCACCCACAUGAAUAAAUUCGUUCCUUUUUUCUUU